UUCUACCAAAACCACAAGUUCAAAACUCUGCGUUUUGGGGGAGAAGAAAGGGAAGGGAGAGAAAGCAACGAGGAAGAAGAAGCGCAGAGACUGCCACAGCGCUGCUCGGAAUUGAAGUGGAGUUUAGGGGAAAAAGUGAAGAAGGGGGAAAAUUGUUGGGUGAAGGAUGCUUCAGAUCCGGCUCAGGAAGCCACCCUCAGAGGGUGCUGGAGGGGUGAAGCCCUUGCCGGUGGAAACUGUGACAGUUGCAUGCCCUGACCACCUUGUCCUUGCCGAUCUUCCUGUAGCGAAGGGCAUUGGCGCGGCAACUGCUGGUUCCCUUGUCAAGACUGUUGGUCGUAGGUCCCGUCGCCCGCUUGGUGACCGAGUCCACUUCUGCGUUCGCUGUGAUUUCCCAAUCGCUAUCUAUGGGCGCCUGAGCCCUUGUGAGCAUGCCUUCUGUCUCGAUUGUGCUAGGAGUGAUUUGAUUUGCUACCUUUGUGACGAACGUAUACAGAAGAUUCAGACGAUUAAAAUGAUGGAAGGGAUCUUCAUCUGUGCAGCGCCUCAUUGUCUGAAAUCUUUUUUGAAGAGGUCUGACUUUGAGUCUCAUAUCCAUGAGAGCCAUGCUAACCUUCUUCAACCCAAUGCUGAGAAAGAAGAUGGCAAUGAAUCAGAGUCUCAGAGUGCCAAACAAUCUACAGCUUCAGAUUCAACUACCCGGGGUCCCCCAAGACCAGUCUUUUCUCCUAGUUCAAGUUCCCAGGUUCAUGACCGUGAAGACAAAACACGUCGUCAGCAAUCUAGAGAACCACCACCUACAAGGCCAAUUGUACAGCCAAAGCAACCACCAAGUUUUGGACAAGUACAAAAUCACCCCUCAGAGCUGCAACCCGACAACAGCCGACCCCAAGGCUUUGACAGGCUGGGCCACCCAAACCGCUUCCAUCAACAGAGUUUUGAUAACCAUGGUGGCCCACAACAAGAAUCUGGCCAGUUUCCGGACAAGCAGCAAGGAAUCCUAUCUGAAAACCCAUUUCCCGAGUACCCACCAAAUUUUGCUGUGCCAGUCAAUUCAAAUCCAAUGCUGAAUCCUCCUCCUCUACCUUUUGGUUAUCGUCCUUUCCAGACUGAGGGAGGUCAACCAUUUUAUGGUACUCCAUUUGAGAUGACUCGGCAGGAUUCAGCUUCAGAAGUAGGACCAGAACAGGGGUCAUUGUUAGGUUUCCCACCAGUUCAAGCUUAUGCUCAGCCCUGGAAUGCAGGCUUUGUUGGUUUAUCCUUUGAGCCUCCACCCGGUCAAGGAAUCGUAGAUGGUUUCUCAAAUGCAUCAGAUUCUCAUGGGAAAGUUGCAUUUCAUCAAGGUGAUUAUGGACGCAAUCCUGGAGUUAUGCCUUCAAAUCCUCCCCCGCCUUUGGCCAACAAGGGCAUGGAACAAGUGCAGAGUGGCAGCGUGAUGGAUCCAAGGGAUGGCAAGGGUAUAUUAGCACCGCAGCCCAUGACACUCCCGCCACCACCUCCACCCCCACCUCAGCAUAAAAGAAAGUUUUAUCCUGAUGCAAGCCGUGAUGGACAGGGCUAUGGGUGGCAGCAUGAGAACCGUGAUAGCUUUGGGAGUGGCCAGGACUAGCAAAUCUGGUUGUUUUCACUUCACAACUUUUGAACUCAUUGAAUUUAUCAAAUUAGCCCAUUGUGCCUUUUAUUAGUUCCAAUGGUGCAUUUACUUCA